AUGUGUGACAUUUUCUCAAUCAGUGAUUUUUAAAAAAAUGAAUUAGAUGAAAACUAAAGAAAAGAAGCAGAAUUUAUUAGACAAUAAGUCGAAAAUUAAAUUUUAGAGUGGUAAAAAUUAGAUAUCAAUACAAAAAUUGUAUGUAUUACCUCAGGAGGUACUUCUGUGCCAUUAGAAAAAAAUACUGUUAGAUCUAUUGAGAACUUUUCUACAGGAUAAAGAGGUGCUAUCUCUGCUGAAGAAUUUCUAAAAAGAGGAUACAAAGUUAUCUUUUUAAAUAGAAAAAAAUCAUUGUAACCUUUUUGCUGGAAGUAUUAAGUGGAAAAGAUAUUUGACUAAGGGUUUGAUUUAUGUUAGCAGGAUGUAUAACUUUAUCAAAAUUAUAAAUCCUCUAUCCUAAAAAUAUCUUUCGAAAAAGUCUAAGAUUAUCUCUCUUUAGUAUUGGUGAUAUCAGAAUGUAUUGGUAAAAAUCCUUACAGCAAAAAUAUGGCUAUAUACUUAGCUGCAGCCGUCAGUGAUUUUUAUAUCCCAAUUGAUAAAAUGGUUUCUCACAAAAUUCAGUCAACAGAUAAUGAAUAAGGAUUAGUAGUUAAACUUGAUAAUGUACCAAAGUGCUUAAAAAAAAUAAAAGAAUUGGCAAAUGAAGCAAAGGUGAUAUCUUUUAAACUUGAAACAGACAAUACAAUACUUAAAGAUAAAGUUUUAUCUUCUUUUAAAAAAUAUGGAGUUGAUAUUAUCAUUGGAAAUCUUCUAAGCAAUACCAGAUUCGAGGUCUAUUUAUAUUAAAAGAUAUCAGAAACAAAUAAUAUAGAUAAAGAUAUACUUUGUGAACAUAUUAAAUAAGAGAAAGAUUCUGAUCAACUCAUAGAAUCAAAGCUCAUUGAAUCAUUAGUUAAGAGACUUGAAGCUUAUUGA